AUUUAUUUUUUGCGACAUAAGAAAUGACAAAACAAAUCUGAAACCGAAAUAGACCCGUCUAAUUAUAAAUCAAAGCUAUGGAUACCUCUUUUGACUUCAUGCCAUUUUUACAGAUUGAUUCAGAUCUUUAUAUCAUUUGUUCAAUAUUCAUACUCAAUUGGAGCACUUAAAGAAGAUGAAGCCAGAUUUACUAAAACGAUUUUUAGUAGAGCUUCCAUCUCAAAUGAGAGCCGCUCAUCCUACCGAAGUUGAAUAUUUAAUCUAUCGAACUUUAUAUUAUGCAGCAUCUGAUGAAGGUGAACAUUUAUCGUUACUUUUCCCUCAUAUAUCUGAUGAUGAAAUAGCAGAAUUGAAUGGAUACUCCUUUGAGAUCGGUUCUUAUGAUAAGAAACCAUUUUAUAAUGUCAAAUCAAGUGGAUCUUCGUAUUCUCAUCCAAAAGGUAAAGCUUGUGCAAGAAGAAUGAAGAAAGACGAACCAAUAUAUCGCUGCGAACAAUGUGGGUAUGAUGAUACUUGUGUAUUAUGUGUCCACUGUUUCAAUAGAUAUGAUCAUGUCGAUCAUAAUGUUUCUGUAUCAGUUUCCAAUGGUGGAUCAGGUAUUUGUGAUUGUGGUGAUCCCGAAGCUUUUAAACCACUUAAUUGUCGUUGUCAAUCACAAUCAAACCCAUCUAUAGAUCUAAGUGAAUUAGAAUCUUCAUUAAGUGAAACGAUUAAGAUUUGUCUUGAUUAUAUCUUGGAUGUAACCAAUUUUGCUAUACAAACUUUACCAUCUGUACAUGAUAUGAUGAAUGACAGUAGAGUCAAUUUAUCUCCUGAGAUUGUUUCUGAAUUUUCAUCAUUACCAAGUGAAUUAUAUGGAGGUGUACAAGAUUCAAAUUUUAAAGAUGAAUGGUUCUUAGUAUUAUGGAAUGAUGAACGUCAUAAUUCAACAGAAGCUAAAAAUGCUAUUAAGAGUGGUAUUGGAGGUAGUGAAUCAAAAUUAGAAGAUUUAACUCAUGAAAUCGAUUCCAAGGGAAGAUGUAUAAUUCAAGAAUCUAAAAGUGUAUCAAGAUUGAUCAAAACCAAAGAUAAAGUUGAAAGAGGUGGCUUGAUCGCUACCAUUGUAAGUUCAAGAGAUUAUGCCAGGGAUAACAUUGUUGAACAUCUUAUAAGUUGGUUAGUUGAUAUAGUACAAUUCACAUCCAAUAGUAGUUUCAGUGAACUUUCAAAGUCAAUUUUAGCAGAGUUAUUACUUGAACCAGGACACCAAUUAUCAAAACCAUUACCAAGAUCAUUAUUUAAUAGAGUAGCACAUGGUUUAGAUGAAUUAUGUUUCGUCAGUGGUCUUGUGUUGGAUAAUGAAUUCCCAAAUAUGGGAUUAUGUGAAGUGAAACGUCCAUUUGAAGCUGGAGAUUUAGAAAAUCGAGCAAAUUUCGUAUUACAACCAAAAAGUGAUUUAAAUUUUAUAUCGAAAUCAAGAUUGCAGUACUUCUUAUUAUUUGAAAUUAGAUUAACAAAGUCUACUAGAAGGAAAUUAUCAUCAAUUUUCUUACAACCUAUAGUUUCUGAUUUGGAUAAUAAAGCAAUUUUCGCUAAUCAAUUCAUGGAAAUCUUCCCCUCAUUAUUCUCAAUGUUAGCUAUAACUGAUAGAGAAGAAGAUUUAAGUUCAUUACAUGAGGUUUCAGUUCAAAUCUUAACCUGUCCAACUUGUGUAUCUCAAAUUUAUCAUAAUAAUCAAAUUGGUAAUAUUUUAGGUCCAUUAUCGUAUAUCAUUGAAAAAUAUUCAUCAGAAUGGAAUGAUGAGGCUGGAUUCCCUAAUUAUAUCGAACCAGCUCGAUUUGACUCUAGUUCCUUAGCUAUGAAAAAAGCCAUUAUGUUCGGUGUUGAUACUGCUAAGAAAGUAACUGAUAAGUCUUUUGCAGGAUCAAGCAUCUCUGGAAUGUUGGAGAAAGAAAACUUCUUCUUACUUUUAAUGUUCUUGAGAAAUUUCCAAGGUUAUUGGCCAUUAAUAAGGAAGUAUGGUACUCAUGUUGAACUUGAAAGUUAUGAUUUCAGAGUUCAUUUAGAAUUCUCUCUUAAAAUCCUUGAAAUUACAAAAUCAGUUGCUACUUAUGACCUUGCAUUAGAUGAUGAAGUGAACGCUGUCAGUUUAAUUAUGGAUCAUUUUGAAUUAUUACCAAAACAAAUUGAUUCUAAGGGAAGGAUCACAUUUAGAGUCAGUAAGGAUCCCGUUUCAUUUAUUAAUUCGAUUAAUUCUCUUUUGUCAUACAUCUUACAAGCCAAAGGAGUCACAAAUUUCAGUACUAUCUUAUCUAAAAUUCCAUUUAUCUAUGUGUCAGAUUUUUCAUUAAGAAGUAUCGUAUUAGGAUUUCAAAUUAAAAUUGGAUUUUGGAUAAGAAAUGGUGUGUCUGCAUCAAGACAAUCGUCGUUAUAUUUUGAUCCCGUAUUUGCUGAUCAUACUUAUGUCAGAGAUUUCCAUUUGUGUCAAGUUGGAGCCAUUUAUGAUAAUCCUCAAGAAACAUUAUUAAACUUUUUACAUAGAUGGGAAUUAUUGAAAUGGUAUGAAAAUAGUGAAUCUCAUGAUAAGACAAUUUAUGAAGAUAGAUUUAAUUCAAUUUCAGAAAAAUUCAUUAUUUUCCUUUAUAAUUUAAUUACUGAUAGACUGUGCUUUCUUAAAACAUCAGCUGAAGAAAGACUUUUCCAACAAGCUAGAUUGCGAAUCUCAUAUUCUUUAUGUGAAGAACCAAGAUCAUAUUCUGAUCUUAGAAGACAUGUGGGUGAUGAAAUCAAUUCAUUAGAAAAAUUUGAUGAUCUUCUUAGUGAAUUAGCUGAGUAUCAAGAGCCAACAGGUUUGACUGAUACUGGUUUAUACAGACUUAGGGCUUCAAAAUAUGAAGACUUGGAUUCCAUAAGCUUGUUCUUAGAUUCAAGUAAAUAUCAAGAAGUCUCCGAAACUUUGAUCAAGAAUAUAGCUAAGAAUAAGGGUAUUCCUGAAGAUGGUGUUAUUUUAACUCCUAAAAUUAGUACUAGUGGUGAUGAAUUUGUCGAUAAAAAUAUUGGACAACUUGUUAAAUCAAAAGAAUUUGCAAAAUUAAUCUAUAAAUAUUUACAAGUUGCCAUUGAUACCUCCGAUGAAACUUAUUUGCCUCAGUUACUUCAUCUUAUCCAUGCAGUUUUAAAGGAUGAUGAGUUAUUAUUUGGGGAAAAGUAUUUAAGUGAACAUUUUGUUAAUAUUUCGAUUACAGACUUAUUAUUAACCAUUGUGGAAUCUACCAUGUCUAAAUAUGUGGUUCUGAAAGCUGAUUAUCUCGUUGAUCAACUUAUCUCAAAAGACUCAAGAAUUAUAGAAAAUUUAAUAGACUCGUUUGGUGAAGAGCACAUCAAAUCAUAUAAAAGAAAGAAGACAGUUGAAACUGAAGUUGAAAAGAAAAAGAGAUUAGCAGAAGAACGUAAAGCUAAAAUUAUGAAAAAGUUUGCUAAAAAGAGAGAUAAAUUCCUUCAACAAAACUUAGAGCUGAGUGCAAUUCAUGAUAGCUUAAAUGAAAAGGAAGAGCAUUCCUCGUCGGCUACUUUGAGAACUUGUGUUUUAUGUGGUGAGACUGAAGCAACUAAUGGUCCAUUUGGUAUCUUGGCUAGUGUUUCUGAAGCAGCAACGUUUUGGAAAGUUCCUGAAGAUCGUAAUCGAGUUAAGAUUGGUUUCACAAGAUGGAAUGAAAAAAAAAAUGAUCUCUCUAUGGAGAAGGUUUAUGGUGAAGGUUUUAACUACUCGUCUUUUCAAAGUGAGUUUAACAAUAAGAUGUUUAGAGGAAAUGUGUUUACGACAUGUGGUCAUGGUAUGCAUUAUGCAUGUUAUUCAAGACCUUCUCAGGAAUUAAGUCAUUUUGCUUGUCCAUUAUGUCAUAAUUUACACAACAAAUUCAUUCCUUCGUUUAUUUCACCAUCGACUGGUGGUGGUAUUGAUAUUGCUGAACUUUCAAAGGCACCAAUAAAUAAUAAAUAUAAUCAAAUUCUUGCAUCAAGUAGUUCUUCAAAGUCAAGAAAUAUAAUUGAAGGUUUGGUUCAUGAAGAUUAUAUUCAUUCACCAGAUACAGAUUUCACUAAAUUUGCCAGAGUAUUGGUUGAUAAUUUGACAAAUAUUGCUAGUGAUAGACGAUACCUAGUAGGUAUUAAUAAUAAUGAAAAAUAUUUUAACAAUUUACAGAACAUCUCUGUGAUGAUAGCUGAUACAAUUAGGAUGAAUGAAAUAGCUACAAGAUAUGAAGGCGAAGAGGCAUAUAGUAAUUUCUUAAAGUUAAUUCCUAACCCAUCAAAAAUAUUACUUCGUUCGCUCAUUCAAUGCAGAGCUGUUAUGUAUGAAUGCAGAAGCUCACCCCUUUUAUUGAAUUCUAAAUAUGAUUUGUCUUUUGAAGUAGAGUCAUUCUGGAAUUCUGGAAAUUUAUUGGAUGGUGUAUUUAAUGAAGUGUUGCUGCUUUAUUUCCAAACCGAUGAAUCUCUUUUGACUUUAGGACGUUUGGGAAUGACUAAAUUAUUGACAGUAACAUUAUAUUCACUCAUAAGCAGACAUUUGGGUGAUCCAGGCUUUCAAUUUUCUUUAUUGGAAGUGAGGUCGUCUUUAGAAGAUUCUACGAAGAACUCAUUUAUUUCUCUUAUGAAAUUAGUGUCUGAUCCAAUGGGUGACUGGGAGAUUGAUUAUGAAAGUUUGGCUGAGAAAUUUUACUUUGCUACGGAAAUGCUUAUGUUGCCAUUUUUGAGACAAUUGGUUAUUCUUGAAGACUUAAUUACCUCAGAACAUAUUAGCGAGAAUACAUUUCAAUCAUUAGAUAAGUUUGAGAACUUAGAUUCAGAAAUAUUAUUACAAGAACGUAUCGAAGAUAUAACGGCUUUGACAAAAGUUCUUGGUUUGCCAACUUUGCCUGAGUUAAUAGAUGGACUUAUCUCUCAACGCUUUGAUUUUGAAUCAAAAAUCUUAGAGAUUGUUUUAGCUGCUAAGAUUCCUAAAUACUUCGAUGUAGGAAUUCUUGCCCUUGAAUAUCCAGGUGUUGUUCUGUUAAUCGAUAUGGUAAAGGAUUAUAAUGCUUGUGUGAUCGAUUCGAAUAAUAGUUCACCCAAGGCUGGUUAUGAUAAGAUUGUGUGUUUGAUCUGUGGAAGUAGAGUUAAAAGAUCAAAGGGAUCACAACAUUUAAGUGAAUGUGCUGUACAUACAGGUGUCUUCUUUAUUCCUAGACUUAACCUCUUACGAAUUAUAACUCACAUUGAUCACAGUCCUAUAAAUGUUGAAAUAUCAGGUCCUUAUUUAACUGUUCAUGGUGAAGUAAAGAAAAUUAGUAAGCCUGGAAGUGCCAGUUUGAACAAAUACAGGUACGCUGCUUUCAAUAAGUUGUGGUUGAAUCAAGGUCUUCGUUCGUUUGUAACAAGGAAUAUUUUUAGUUCAAGAUCCGAAGGCAACGUAAUGAACGUCUUUGUGGAAGAAGAUGAUCGCAUGGAUGAAGAUAUGGAAGGCAUGGAUGAAAGUAGCGAUGAAUUCGAUGAAGAAACGUUACCUGAAGAUAUAAAUAAUUUCUUAUGGUAAAUAUGUAUAUAUAACGGAAAUAAAUUUGCAUGUAUUUAAAGUUCUAUAAACUGUAAUUAUAAGGUAUCCCAACCUCCCAUAUCCAUAACACUUUCGAGAUUUCUCACAAUAAUAUUAGGGACAUUGUGUUGUAACCAUACGUUUCUCAUAAAGUCGUCAUACCUUGCUUUCAUUAAAUAUAGAGUUUUGGGCUUCUUUGAUUCUCCUGGUAAUUCACCAUGUUGAUCCAAGAAUGGAGCAUUAUAGAAAGAGCCUCCAUUUUUA